AUGGCGACCACAACCAUGACCCAAACUCGCACGGAGGAGGUGCCCAUGGUGGAGCUCAAACCAUCCGCGAGGCCCGCGACGCCGGAAACACCGCCUUCGGUGAGGGAUGCCGGUUCGGACCACGAGGUGAAGGUUGGCUCGCGAGUCAUGCUUCGCGUCAUGAGCGCCGGCUUUGCCUUUUUCGUCAGCGGCGUGAGCGAUGGCAGCAUAGGCACAAUCAUCCCGUACGCCAUCCGCGAGUACGACAUCACCACCACAACCAUGUCGAGCGUCUUCGGUGCAAAUUUCGUCGGCUGGCUCGCCGCCGCCGUGACCAACGCCUACCUCUCCGAAUACCUCGAUCUCGGCGCCAUGCUCGCUCUCGGCGCCGUCAUGCAGAUCCUCGGCUCUGCCCUGCCCACAACCGCUCCUGCCGCCGCGGGUACAGAUGAAACGCACACCGCGGAGACGCCUCACAUCACAGAACCCAAAUCCAACUCUGCCAACGCGCUGAUGAAGAGGGCCCUCAGCAUCCCAGGUCUCUGGGUCCUCAGUCUCUUCUUCUUCUUUUACAUGGGUGCCGUCCUCACAGCCAGCGGCUGGAUCGUGGAGUACCUCGUCGUCGUGCGCGAUGGCGACCUGGCCAAGAUGGGCUACGUGCCGGCCGGUUUUAGCGGCGGCUCUUUCCUGGGCCGUCUUUUGCUUCCCGAGGUUACGCAUCGCUUCGGAGAGAGGCGCAUGGUGUUUUUGUACUGCGCGCUCUGCCUGGGGCUCCAACUAACGUUUUGGCUGGUUCCCAACAUUAUUUCCGCAUCCAUUGCCAUCACAUUUUUCGGUUUCUUUUCCGGUCCUCUAUUUGCUGCGGGUAUGACGCUGGGUUCCAAACUCUUCACUCCAGAGACCCAUUCCACCGCCUUGGCGCUAGUCUUCGUCUUCGCCCAGAUGGGCGGCUGCUUCUUCCCCAUCAUCACCGGCGUGCUGGCUGCGAGCAAGGGCGUCGCUGUCUUGCAGCCUAUGCUGGCCGGACUCAUCGCGGCUGCGGGUAUUUCUUGGCUGCUGAUACCCCGACCCAAGAGCGUUGGGAACCCAGCCCUUCACCAGGAGUAA